UUAACACAACACAGCGCUGGCGGCCUCAGUCGUGCCUUGGACUGUAGCAGACGGAGCAGCUUGAGCGAUCACCAACAUGGACUUCAAACUGCUGCCGCUGAUGCUUCUGUUGGCUGUGGUCACACAUGGACCAACAUGUACUGCAAAGCCCAUCAGUCUGGUGGAGAGGUGCUGGUGUCGUUCUACUAUUAACACGGUUCCCCAGCGCUCCAUCAAAGAGCUCAAGUUUCUCCACACACCCAACUGCCCUUUCCAAGUCAUCGCCAAGCUGAAAAGCAACAGGGAAGUUUGCAUCAACCCGGAAACCAAGUGGCUGCAGCAGUACUUAAAGAACGCCAUAAACAAGGUGAAGAAAUCGAGAAGACGCAACAACAAGAAAAACUAAGUCCGCGGGAUGUUUUCGAUUCAGUCAAAGAAACCUUCAGGUCCAACCUGUGUAUCACCUCACCACUGCUAUGGAUGUAUGUAAACACCGCUGUUAUGUAACCGUCCACCUCUCUGGACUGCUUGCGCAAGAAGCACUUCAUCGCCAAUUUGUGCCACCCGCCACAGGCCUCUCCGGAUACUCACUGAGUGACACCCCUCACCAUCCAAUCCCUCCACGGUAGCACCAAGUGCGAUUAAAGCCUGCCUUGGGACAAUGGAUGCAAGAGUUGUAACUUGUGCUUGAGUGACAAUGUGUGUGAAAGAGUGUGUGUACAAAAAAAAAAAAUUUUUUUGAACAGAUGUAUGGGGAAUGAAUGUGCCUGCCACUUUAUGACAAGUGUCCUUCAAACAUUCAAAUCACUCAAAGGAAUUAUGAUCUUUCGAGGCAGGUCACACGAACACUAAUCUCUGAACGCCUUUUGAAAUAUUUCAUUUAUGCUAUGAUCAAGAAUGUGAUGAGAUAUAUUCUGUUUUUAUGCCUUAUGUAUGUGAAAGUGGCACUAUUUUGAAACAAUGUUAUUUUCAGGACGACCAACGUGCCACUCAUCGACGAGCGUUGAUCAUGUGGCGCUACAUAUUCAUUUUAAAAGUCAGAAUCGUUUGUACUGUUUGGUUCGUGCAAAACCAUAAUCGGCCGAGGUUAUUUUUGGGAGCAUUUCUUAAUGGUCUGGUGUGAAGAUGACGUGUCGAGUGUAGAGAAAGGUGAUGAAGAAAAUGGAACAAAUGCAGUUUGGGUGUUUGUAUUGUGUGUUAAUGCAGCUUUUACUGAUUGAACAUAUCAGAAUAUAGAAGAGACCAAAUAUUUAUUCAGCGCAACAGGCAACAAGAUAAAACCUCAGCAAUAAGAACAGAAUUCAAAUAAGUCUUUGCUUUUUUUUUUUUUACAUGACUGACUGGAAACAUUCGAGCAGGUUGACGGCAGGAUUCUCGGAUGCGUUUGUGGGGAAAGUAUAUCGAACAGCUGAAUUGUCAAAAAAGGGAAUGGUCAUGAUGGAAAAGAGAACGUUUGAUGAUAUUUUACUCUAUACGUGGAAAUAAAUAUUUGUGAGCCACUUUAUUAUCAAAUACGUCUUGUUAAUGUUCGUUUUUAUUUUUAUAUUGCAUAUAUGCUCAAUGAAUGCCUUUUCAAUGCAAGAUACCGUACAGUAAAUAUUAAAUGAAGGCUAGAAAUGUCACAAGCGUAAAACAUAUUCCGACUUCAUGCAUUUGUUUAUGAAUACAAUUUUUUAAUCAUUUAUUGCAAAACAGUUUGAAACCUUUUUUUUUUUUUUUUGCACCAGAUGAAGAAGAUCCUCUUUUUUAAUACGUUAAUGUUAAAAGCCAGCCAAGUAAAUUAAAUUCUGUCCAUCCACUUGUUUUUGUUCUCUCUGCUUUCAUUCCUUCAACAGCGGUUGUGUCUCACGUAAGGGUUCUACGGCAACAUCUUGUUUGAAUCCAUCCGACAAAUUGAGAAUUAGAGUCAAUAUUAUUGCGCGAUGAUCGGAGGCAUAUUUCAGGCCGGCCACACCAAACACUUGAUUGGCUUUUUAAAAACCUUUAUUAUUUAUAUGAAGCGUCAGCACAGCCUGUGAGGCAAAGCAGAACAAAACCUGCGGCCUGUAGUUCCAAGCAAUCAACAUGUGCUUUCUAUUAGGACACUCCCAGCACCCCCCGUCGACUCUCUUCCCUGCCAAACGAUUCGCAUAAUAUGGAAGUCGUGGUUGUGGUCUUUGUUAACUUCAUUUGUUGUCUUUGACAAUUGGCAGGCCGCUUUCUAACAGGCUAUAAUCCAAUUAGGUGGCAGCCAGCAGUGCAACUAGCAUUCUUAUGAGUGUUAUAGAUAUGAAUGGUCCAUAUUUUGUGGUUGUACUAAUUCUUCACCACACUGCUUAAUCAAUCCGUUAGAUCAAUGGAGAAGGGCAAUUCCACAACUCAAUAACAAAAUUAGAGGUGAUGUGAGCAGCUCCUUAUGUUCAUCUAGGUGUGUAUUUUAAAGACAAAAAUACUCUUAGAUUAA